AUGCGUCGACGAAAUUUCGCGCUUUGCUGCUGCACGCUUCUAUUCGUCAUUUCCUCCUCCGAGCCGCGGGAAAAUUCUACGACGACGACGAGCGACAACGAACGGAAUAAUUCCACAGUGCGAUAUCAGAUUCAUAUUAAUGUUACCACGACAAAUCGUAGCGGCGAUGCGGAAACUACGCGUUAUAACGCUCGUGGAAAUUCCACCAGGAGUAACGACGACGUGCAGUACGAGCUCCGUCUAAACUCCACGAGUAUCCACGAGGAUGAUGACUCGGUGGGGUAUGAAUUUCACGCGCAUUCCACGAAGGAUCGCGGGGGCGGCGAUCAAACGUCGAUAGAGCUUCGUACAAAUUCUACAGAUGACAAGAUCAUUUCUACAGCACAUGAACCCCGUGGAAACCUGAUGCAAGACGUGAUCGAAGACAGAAGCAACUUAACGUUGUACAAGCACUUUGUAAAGUUCUAUCAAAAUGAUAAUAAAAGAAACGUCGUUCCGUACGAGAUGUGCGAGAACAGUAUCUGCAUUCCGCUCUGCUGUCCCCUCGGCGUUCGCACGAUCAAGGGUCAAUGCGUUGCUGAGAACGUUGGGCGUUAUCCCUUUCCGGGUGUGUACGAACAGGCGACGAACGAGUCGCUUGAGAAAGGACCGAUCGGCGAGGUGGACCAAAUCUUUCAGCUGACCGUCCACGAUCUGUGCCAGAAAGUCGAAUACUAUUUGCUUAAGCCUGAUGAGGAACCAAAUGACGCGUUUAUGUUCCUCCUCAAUGGCUCUUUAUGCGUGAUUAAUAUUAUAGUUGUUCAUUCUAUUUCAGGUUUCGUCAUUUACUUCUCGGCUUUGGCAAGCUAUUUCUGGUUAAACGUGAUUUGCUUUGACAUUUGGUGGACAUUCGGAGAAUUCCGUUCGUUACAAGGAAACGUAAAGCAACGAGAGAAAAAAAAAUUUGUUAUGUAUUCGAUUUACGCGUGGGGAAGCGCUUCCAUCCUCACCGUCAUUUGUGUCAUCAUGGAUUUCGUUCCCAUCAGCGUGCCAAAGGAAUUUAUCCGACCGGAGUUCGGUAAAACGAAGUGUUGGUUCAAUACGAACAAGGCGAUGGCGAUAUAUUUUAUCGGACCCAUAGGUGUCACCGUUAUCUGCAACAUUUGCCUGUUUAUCUCUACCGCACGAAAAAUUGUGCGUCAGAAGAAGGACACAGCUGCUCAUUUGAGAAGCUCGGAAAGCAGGCGCCAUGACAAUAAGCAACGACGGCAACUUUUUCAUACGGCGGUUUGCUUUCACAAUUACGAAAUCUUUUGAAGCAACAAACACAUCGUCGCCGUUUGGAUCGCGCGCGUACGAGAUUCCUCGAGAGCAUCUGCGAUUCUCGAAAGAAUGACAAACGAUCGUGCGAAUAAAAACCAAAAAGUGGUUGUUCCCCUAUUUCAUAAAGACGGACAUCACAUUUCUUCAAAAUUUUUUGAGAA